CUGGUUGAGCGCUGCCCUGGCACCUCGGGCCGCGAUGGGGUUUUCUCCUCCCUUCCCCUCCUGCUUCCUGCCGGCUCUGGGGAUCGGCAGGGAAAAGUUUCAGGCUGUCUCGUCCGGAGCGGUCCAGGCGCAGUCGGACUCGCUUCUCGCAGUGGUCCGCCGAGGUUGCUGGCUUUUCAACAACUUCCUCCUGCAGUUAAAGCCUUUAAGGUUUAGUUUUCCAGUGGUGCUCAUUUCAAGUGCUGCAGAGUAUCCUCGAAUAUUAGCACUUCGAAAGUUUAGGAUUGUUUGCAUCCAGUUCCCCCACCCUAUGUAAUUUUAAUGACUGUUAGUAUCGUGACUUUGUUCUCAGUGUGAGGAGCAGUAAACCCGUGAAACCAGUUUCACUUUCAGGUUGUUGCUGGGAAUGUUUUAAAGUGUAGCAAUUUCUGUCCAGAGUGGCUUUAAAAAAGAGAAGUCCUGCUACAAAGCAUAUGCUGAUUAUGGUAGAAACUACUGCGUGUGAAAAUGUAAUUCAUUUGAAAAUAACCAUUUAAAAUGUGGGUGGCAGCCCUUGUGAUUGUUUUCUCCACAUCUAGAAGCAGUUAAAGCUGCAGGGCACUCUUCUGUAUAUUAAAUGAAAAUUAUUUUGCAGGUUUGAGAACCUGCGUUUGCUUAUUUGUUGCAUUUGUUUAUAACAGUCUGGUUUUGGUGGUGAGGAAGAGCAAUCAAAAGAGCAGUCUGGAACAUCAAAUGGGCACUAAAACAAUAUAUUCCUUCAAGAAGGCAAUCAGCUUGGUAGGUUAGCAGUCUUUGCUUGUUGUUUCUGCCUAGGGAUUGUAUUGAGGAAGUGUGGAAUGUGAGCUAUAGGGAAGCACAGCAGAGAUGUGUGCUCUUCUGAGUGGUAGUUAUUGUUUAUGCCACAAGAAUAGUUGAGGUGGUGGUAUUGAGAGCAUGUAGGCUUGUGCACAGGAUUAUACGCUGAAAGUAAGAAUUCUCUUCAUUGUUCCCUAAAGAACUAGAUGACAAUGUAGAUGACAAUGUGCACAGAAGUUCCCUCUCCUUGGCUUUCAUUUUUCUUACCUUCUAAAAUUUGAUUUAGUUUUGCAAGGCUUUUGAUACCUUCUGCAAACUACUACUGCAUACUUUCAUUUCUCAGGUAAGUCAGUACACUGGGCAUAUGUGAUGUUUUGCUGAAUCUGGCUCUGAGCACAUGGAAUGAAUUCAGGUGUUGAAGACUAUAGUUUUGGGUUGGUGGUGUUUUUUGGGUUGGGUUUUUUUUUUUUACAUUUAAUUAGUUUGCUUUCUUUUCUGUUAUUUUUAAUGGAAACACAGUGUUUAAAGUGAAGUGUUUGCGUCUUCCAGAUACUCUUGCAAAAGCUUUGUAGAAGCAUAAUGGAGUUUGUAAAAGACUUUCAGUUUUCUCAAAGCUUAGCUAUUUCAAAUAUUAAUCAUCACCCCCCCCCCCCUCCAAAAUCGCCUGCUAAUUUGAUAUAUUUUUUUGUGAAAGAGUCUCCCCUCUUGUGUGAAACCCCCUGGGGAAGAGGCUAUGGACAAAACCAUUGGCAAACAGCAGAAACUGGCUUCAGACAAAAUGCUGUCAUACAUAGCAAAUGAAGAGACAGGAAAACACAUUUCUGUAAUUUUCCAGCAGAGAUUUUACUUGUAAUAAGAGUGGAAGGCACAUUCCCAGAUAGAGCAAGCUUUCACCUUGAAAACACUUUCUCAUAAAUUUUGCCAAUCCUUGAGCAUAGUCUUCGUCAAGACACUAAAACAAUUUCCUGAACAGAACAUACUUCACGUGCAGAAAGGAAAAGACGUGAUUCAUUCGGGAUGUUUGACGGUUAUGAUAGUUGUAGUGAGGACACCAGCAGCAGCUCCAGUUCAGAUGAGAGUGAAGAGGAGGUUGCUCCUUUGCCAUCCAGUCUCCCGAUUAUAAAGAACAAUGGACAGGUCUAUACUUAUCCAGAUGGCAAAUCUGGCAUGGCAACAUGCGAGAUGUGUGGAAUGGUUGGUGUCCGUGACGCUUUUUACUCUAAAACGAAACGCUUCUGCAGUGUGUCGUGCUCUAGAAGCUAUUCAUCCAACUCCAAGAAGGCCAGCAUUCUGGCCAGGCUUCAGGUAGCGUGGCCCUUCUGCAAGAAAAAGAUCAGGAAAAAUCUUCAGUCUGCAUAUGGUAAACCUCCAACAAAGAAGGCUAAAGUUCUACAGAAACAACCUUUAGUGGCUAAAUUAGCGGCAUAUGCUCAGUACCAAGCAACUUUACAAAACCAGGCAAAGACUAAAGCAGCAGCUGUCCCUGUGGAAGGUUUCAGCUGGGGUAACUACAUCAAUAGCAAUAGCUUUACAGCAGCUCCUGUUACCUGUUUUAAACAUGCACCUAUGGGGACAUGCUGGGGUGAUAUCUCAGAAGGAGUGCGGGUGGAGGUUCCAAACACCGACUGCAGCCUACCUACCAAAGUCUUCUGGAUAGCUGGAAUUGUAAAAUUAGCAGGCUACAAUGCGCUGCUAAGAUAUGAAGGCUUUGAAAAUGAUUCAAGUCUUGACUUCUGGUGCAACGUUUGUGGUUCUGACAUCCACCCAGUUGGUUGGUGUGCAACCAGUGGGAAGCCCCUAGUCCCUCCUCGAACCAUCCAACACAAAUACACAAACUGGAAAGCUUUUCUAGUGAAACGACUUACUGGUGCCAAAACACUUCCUCCUGACUUUUCUCAGAAGGUGUCUGAGAGUAUGCAGUAUCCCUUCAAAACUUCCAUGAGAGUAGAAGUUGUUGACAAAACACACCUUUGUCGAACAAGGGUAGCAGUUGUAGAAUGUGUCAUUGGGGGACGAUUAAGAUUGGUGAAUGAAGAAAGUGACGACAAAACUGAUGACUUCUGGUGCCAUAUGUACAGUCCACUCAUUCAUCAUAUUGGUUGGUCUCGAAGUAUAGGACACAGAUUUAAAAGAUCUGAUAUUACAAAGAAACAGGAUGGACAUUUUGAUGCACCCCCACAUUUAUUUAUGAAGGUAAAAGAGGUUGACGCAGCUGGAGAGUGGUUUAAAGAAGGGAUGAAAUUGGAAGCUAUAGACCCCUUAAACCUUUCAGCAAUAUGUGUGGCAACGAUUAGAAAGGUUUUAGCAGAUGGCUAUCUUAUGAUUGGGAUUGAUGGCUCAGAAGCAGCAGAUGGGUCUGAUUGGUUUUGUUACCAUGCCACUUCCCCUUCUAUUUUCCCUGUUGGUUUCUGUGAAAUUAACAUGAUUGAACUAACUCCACCCAGAGGUUAUGCAAAACUCCCUUUUAAAUGGUUUGACUACCUCAGGGAAACUGACUCAAUAGCAGCACCUGUAAAGCUCUUCAACAAGGAAGUUCCAAACCAUGGGUUUCAUGUUGGAAUGAAACUGGAGGCUGUUGAUCUGAUGGAACCUCGCCUGGUGUGUGUGGCUACAGUAACUCGCAUUAUCCAUCGUCUUUUGAGGAUACACUUUGAUGGAUGGGAAGAUGAAUAUGAUCAGUGGGUGGACUGCGAGUCCCCAGACCUCUAUCCAGUGGGAUGGUGUCAGCUAACUGGAUAUCCACUACAGCCGCCAGCACCACAGUCAUCACGAGACAGCCAGUCAAGUUCCUCAAAACAGAAGAAAAAAGCUAAAUCCCAGCAGUACAAAGGACAUAAAAAAAUGACUUCAUUGCAACUGAAGGAGGAGUUACUAGACGGGGAAGAAUACAGCUUCCUUCAAGGAGCGUCUGAUCAGGAAAGCAACGGAUCUGCCAGUUACUACAUCAAACAGGAACCAUGAGGCAGCUCAGAGAAGUGAGGGGCAGAAAACUGGUGACAGGAAAAGAGCCUUUCUCCAAGACUGACUGAUUUUGCUCCCACUUCGAGGGUGCAGUUCAGGUGACUGUACCUGGGGCACUUUGCUAACUGUAGAUGAGUUAGACUCAGUUCAGAACUUUUUUGGAAGGGCGGGGAAACUAUUUUAGUGAAAAAGAUUUUUCAAUUUAUUAAAAAAACAAAAAAACGGACACUUUUGUGUUGUAUUUGAAGCUUUUGAAAGAAUUUUGUAAUAUUUUCAAGUUCAGAUUUAUUGUGCAUUGUUAACAAGAACUGAAAUUCUAAUUUUUUGGUAAGAUUAAAGUUUAAUUAGCAUGAUUGUGGGAAGCGGUUGGAGGAAGCUAUAGUUGCAAAUACAAAGGAACUGUCAUAACAAAUGAACCUUUUUGGUACAAGUUGGGGAGACUUUUAGACUCUUGUGAACUGCACUGGUCACACCUCUUUUUUUGGUUUAUUUUGGUUUUUUUUUUUAUUGUGAAAAUAAGACAUUUAAGCCCUAAUUUAGAGGCAUAAAUUGUAUGUGGAAGAUAGACCUGUAAAGUUCUACUCAGUGAGUAGCCCCAAUUGCAACGGAGCCAUCGCCUGAGGAAGAUUUUAACUUUUCAAGAGGUUUUUAUUUAGUUUAAAAUACUUUUUUUUUUAAUAUAUCUAAGAUUUUUGUGUUUUUAAGUUCCUUAGGGUCUGAUUCAGUGCCCAUCAAUAUCAGUAGCCUUGUCUCCAGUGACCGCAGUGGUCAUUGGAUUGGGACUAUGAAGCUCUUCUCUGUACAUGAAUGUCUGUAGACUUGGAAUGCUCCAGCAAAUGUUUACAGAGCCCUAUGCCAAACUGGAACUUCAGCAAAUCCCCUUAUUUGGAAGAUUAUUUUUAGCUAUAAGUUUAGACUAAAGAAGUAACUUAGACAAAGAGUAGCUCAGGCCUCCCUUGGUCGUGGGAAGGAACUUCUGACUAUUCCUGCUGAUGAUUUUUUUUUCCCUAUUCAGAAUAACCUAGCUGUUUCCUUACCAUCUUAAAUAUUUAUUUGUGAACAUUCAAAACUGAUGUUCCACGUGGUUUCGGGUGAGCUAAAAGGAGCCAUACAUUCUGGAUGAAAAAGAGUUCCGUUCUGCACAGCCUGCAAUAUUCCUUUCUUGCUGCAAUAGCGUAAUAGGGAAGGUGAGACUUGAGAACAGUAUGUAAAUCACAUACUGUCUAGUACGUAAUUCCUAAACUGGAUUUGCUCAUUGCCUGGAAUCCUUGAGUCUCACUUCUAGUAUCCCAUUAGCCCCACCUGCUUAACUGUCCAGAUUUUAUAAAGGCAAUGUGAAAGGGUGAGAACAACUACCAGUAUAAUACAGAGUAUUUUAGCGUGAGCUCUUAGUUCAGAUUCCAUCCUUCCAUGUUUUUUUAACCUUUGUACGUUUUUGUAACUGAUGUCAUUCAUGGUGUUGAUUAAUGAAAUGGUUCAUCAGCCCUGCAGAGCUGUGACUGGGAAAACGUGCAUCAAGAGCUUUAGCUUUUACCAGUAAGGUUCAUUAACUAAACUCUCAGGAAUUAACUGCGUAUGUUCUACAAGUGCUUCUGGGUCUUCGCAGGUCCCCUUUCAGAGCAGUACAAUGAUCAUCUGACUCUUGACUGUAAAUUAGGGCUUAAAAGAGAAACUAAUUGAAAUGAUUAACAUCUGUGUUCCUACAGCCUAAGAAAUGCUUUAAGGAUAUGAACCCACAGAGCCCCAGGAGACCAUUUUUGUAUAUUGUUGUUUAAGCUUAAAAGAACAAGUGCAUAGAAAGUUGAAAACCAGCAAUUUGAUUAUUUUCUAAAAUAUUGCUCUAAUUUUGGGUACAUAGUAUUGGUGAUAUGCACAGGUUUACCUCAUUCUAUGCAAGAGGGGUUAAUUAUGUAAAGUUUUGUAUUUACUACUGGAAGUAAAACUGUCCUGUAUAGCGUAGGAAUGUCUGGAAUUCUUUUCUCCCUUACUGGUAACAUUUCUUAAAUAAUGACCCCUUUUUACCAACAGCUUCUUAUAUUGACAGAAUCUGGUUAUCCGGUGAUAAGUAUCUGUAACUUCAGAUGGUAAAAGCAUUUUAGCGCUCUAAAAUAGCCAUAAAAAGGACUUUGUCCGGCUUGGUAGACUUCAAAUACAUUCUCUCAGCUUCUGACCCAUCCACAGCUUUUCUUUUGAACAGCCUGGAUUGGAAGAGUAGGAUUAGAGACCAUUGCAAUGACACUUUGAGCCUUGACUAACUUUUUUUCCCCCCUGUGUUCUCAAUUUUAACCUACUUUACAAUCCAGCUCUGCAAGCAUUGAUUUGGUUUGGUAAGUACAUCACUAUUGAUCUUUAUUGUUUUUAAUGCAGCAACUUGCAGAUUGUCCCAGUCAGCUGGACCAAGGUUGGCGCAAUCUUGCUUUCUUCUCUCAUCUUCUGGCUUCAGUAGAAAAACUGUUGCAUUCAUUUGUGUUUUAUUAUGUGGAAGCUCAGGCUGCUAAUAAGGUAUAUUGCCAAGUCUCUAAACCUUGGGCUUCUGUGUAUUGCCCAGGCUGGUACCUGACUUCUAAGUUACAGUCUUCAAGUGUCAAGAGGGAAAACUAGUGCUUACAUUGAACACACUUCCUGUGAUGGAGAAAUGUAAGAGUCAGAUUUGAAGUCUCUCAGUCUUUAUAAUGUUCUUGAAAAAUAGGUAUUUUAUUCACUAAACACUAAAGGAUGUGAGUUGAUGCAAUUUUGGAUACAUGUGUAGCUUCAGUGUGAGUUGAGUGAAAUCUCUCUUGUGUUUCUGAAUUCCAAAUGUACCUUAAUUGUCAAGUACAGAGGAAAUCUGUCCGAAGCAAACCAUGUAAGGAACCAAUUGAAGUCACUUAGGAGAAGAUUAAGGAGAACCCAAGCAAAAUUAUGCUGGGUAUUUAGAGUGGUCUCUUCAAGGAGCGGGCUGCCGGCUGUGGUACCCAUAGAGUAGGCUUCACUGUAGUUAGUAACAUGGCUCUUGGUGUUUUUAUCUUCACUUUAAGCCAUGUCACUUGGCUAGAAGAGCAGCGAAGUGUUGGACAUCUGAAAUCUUCAAUGGGGUCAAACUAAUUUCAGGAUUUGGCAUAGCUGGUCUUCAUACCCGUACGGUAGCGCGAGUUGUACCUUACUUUGCGGCUACCCUUCUCUUACUGCUCAGAAUCCUUCUGCUGAUCUUUGGGGUUUAUGUUAUUUUAAAUACAGGUCUUUUAACCUUUUCCUUGCUGCAUCUGAGGAAAGCUAAAGCAGUUACCGAUUCCUUGUUCUACGGAUACUAACACGGGUUUCAGUGUUUGUUUGGUUUUUUUUAUUGUUGUUUUUAUGUGAUGUGAAUACCCUCUCCCGUCAAUAUUUGUACGAUGGUGCUAAUAUAUUUGGUAACAAUCCUUUAUUGGGAAGGGAUUUUAAAAAAACUGUGAUUUAAACUGAAUUUUUCUUCCUUUUACUUUUCAUAUUUAAAACAAAAAGCCACAGCCAUUUAUACCAGAAAAAGGCAUCAGCUUUGGCCCCUGGGAAAACGUUGGGGGCGGGAAUCAAGAUUAAAUGGGGUUUUUACAUCAUUUCUGUAUGUAUUUGAUAUAUAGAUCAAUAUCUGUACAAAUUUAAUCUUUUAUUUUCUUGGUAAUUUGUGUGGUCAAUGAGAGAGUAUUUAAAGCUUUCUCAUGCGAUGUACAUAACUAAGUGAAAAAAAAUGCUUUUGGAGAAAUUAAUGUUCCUUUCAUUUUUAUGAGACUGCAGAUUUUCAGCAUGGAUGUGAAAAGCAUUAAAAUUAUAACUUUGUGUACAAGAUGAAAAUAAUUCACUAAAUUUGCCUUUUUUACACAAAAUAAAAAUGAUAAAAAGUC